AGCCAUUGAAAUAUUCGUCUUGACCUCGGUAGUCAGUUUUCCUGCUAGUGCGGAAGAAGAUUUUUAAGAUGCACAAGAUACUCUCAACCACUCUUUGCUUUAGACUCUUAACUUUGUUAUCUGUAAUGAUCACUUUAGAAUCGGUACAUGGACGGCCGUAUCUUAUCCAAGGAAGUGAAUUAUUUCCAGACAAAGAAGAUACAAAUCAAGAGGAACUGUUGCUGACUCUACUGAAAAACAAUGUUGAUUUCCAAAGACCUUCCAACAUUGAUAUAGAACUGGCUGACAAGUUGGAAGAACUGAACCAGCUGGAAAAGCUAAAGGAACAACUCAUGGAGGCAAAUGAUGCUGAGAUAUCCUACACUAUAGAUGGUCUAGCCUCUGCCUAUCCUAAUAAGCGAGCUUGCUUUUGGAAAUACUGUGUCUAAAGUUUUUUCUCUGAAUGCAAGAAAGAACAUUAGAAAAAGAUACACAUCUACUCAAUCUACUGCUUAAAGGUUGUAGUUAUUUCAAGCAUAAAGAACUGUGGCAUUUAUCCUGCAUAUUACACGUUUGAGGUUUAUGUUGUAAAUAAUGACAAAUCAGACGCACUUUUGAAUGGCAUGGGACUGUCAAAAUGGUUUUGCAGAGCUAAAGUUGAGAGUGCUGUAUCUAUUGUAUACUUUCUAUAAAUUCAUUGUCUGCAUAGAGUUUUGUCCAGUGAUGACUAUGCUGUUGAGUUAUCAAUUAAAAUAUUUUAAGAAGCAUCUUGGAAAAUUAAAAUAAAUUAUAUUAUCUUAAUUUUUGUGGAA